AUGAAAUUCUUCGCUGUUCUCGCUCUCUGCAUCGUUGGAGCUAUUGCUUCCCCAUUGACUGCUGACGAAGCUUCACUCGUCCAAUCAUCAUGGAAGGCUGUUAGCCACAAUGAAGUUGACAUCCUCGCUGCUGUUUUUGCUGCUUACCCAGACAUCCAAGCUAAGUUCCCACAAUUCGCUGGAAAGGACCUCGCUUCAAUCAAGGAUACUGGUGCAUUCGCCACACACGCAACAAGAAUUGUUUCAUUCUUGUCAGAAGUCAUCGCUCUUUCAGGAAACGCCUCAAACGCUGCCGCAGUUGAAGGACUCCUCAAUAAAUUGGGAUCAGACCACAAAGCUCGUGGAGUUUCAGCCGCUCAAUUCGGAGAAUUCAGAACUGCCCUCGUCUCAUACCUCUCAAACCAUGUCUCAUGGGGUGAUAAUGUUGCUGCUGCCUGGAACAAGGCUCUCGAUAACACCAUGGCUGUCGCUGUUGCUCACCUUUAA